AUGUUACUUUUCAUUGUAUUUGCCGCAAUUAUCGUUGUUGUGAAAAGUCGAAUGACGGAAGAGCAACGUGAAAUUAUCCUUCGCUGCCAUAAUGAUGCGCGCUCGAGAGCGAUUCGUGGUGAGCUUAAAAACAAAGAUGGCAUAUUUAUGCCACAUGGAGAGAAUAUGCCCGAAAUGAUGAUUUGGGGUAAAACGCAAGAAAUUGGCUGUGGUAUUGCACCAUACAACAAAAGGCCCAGUAAUGCAUUCCUAUUCGUUUGCCACUAUUGGCCGCCUGGAAAUGUGGAGAAUGAAUUAAUAUAUGAACUUGGCGAGUCAUGUGAAGACGAGAGCGAUUGUGAUGACGGAAAAUGUUUAAAAGAAUCUGGAUUAUGUCGGUAA